UCAUUCUCACCUUUUUUGACUCAGGUUUCGAUAUGGUUAAUACCUUUGCGCUACUUUCGUAGCAUUAUCGAUGCGGUAUAAUACAAUUUAAUGAAUUUUAUAUCUGGUUAAUCGACUCCGAUGACAGAAUCGGGGCGAAUCAAGGAUGAAGAAGACGAAGAUAGCUUAGUGAAUCGCAACGUGAUGCAAUCGACGUCAGUGAUUAUCAACAUGGAAUUACAAAGCAUCAUCCGUUAUCGUACUUGUCGCCUUCGGUCGCAUUUAACACAAUUGCCACGUAUAUGCUCGUAAACUUGUAACUGCCAGUAGCUACAAUCAUGUCGAGUAAUGCCGAGCAGAGUAUCUCACCACCACCAAAUAAAAAGCUGAUGGAUAAUUCAAUAUGGAUGACACUGGAAGAGAAAUUGAUUUAUUAUGAAGAAAUCUAUGUUGUCUAAAACAUGGAAUCGAACCUUUUAUGGAAAGUUUCAUUUUCGAAGAUUCAGUUGAAAUUAUCUGCGCAAACGUGUCGGAGCAAGCGCAUCAUGUAUCCAGAGCUAAACGGGGACAAGCUAUAGGCAGUAUUCGUGGUUUUCGAGGUUGCACAGUAUGGCUAACUGGUCUCUCUGGUGCUGGCAAGACUUCCAUCUCGUUUCAAAUGGAAGCGAUUUUGGUGAAUCAUGGUAUUCCUGCCUAUGGUCUAGAUGGCGACAAUGUUAGGAGUGGUCUAAAUCGCAAUCUAACCUUUAGUAAGCAAGAUAGAAAAGAAAAUAUUAGAAGAGUGGCUGAAGUAGCAAAACUUUUCGCCGACAGCGGACAAAUAUGUCUCUGCAGCUUCGUGUCACCUUUUGAAGAAGAUAGACAGAUGGCAAGGCAGAUUCAUAAAGAAGCUGACUUGCCCUUCUUCGAGAUAUUUGUAGAUACACCCUUGCAAAUUUGUGAAGCUCGCGACACUAAAGGCCUUUACAAGAAAGCGCGGCAGGGUACCAUUAAAGGUUUCACCGGCAUCGAUCAAAUGUACGAGAGACCCACGAAACCUGAUUUAAUUGUAAAGACCGAGAAUUGCACUCCUGAGGAGUCUGCUUCGACUGUAAUUGAGCUUUUAAAGAUGCACCGCAUCAUUCCGCCGUUUAUAAAACCAUCAGAUCUGAUCAAGGAGCUCUUUGUUCCGGAUUCUAAGCUAGCUUCUAUGAAAAUGGAAGCAGAAACUCUACAAUGCGUGGAGAUUAAUGAACUCGACGUGCAAUGGCUACAAGUUUUAGCAGAAGGAUGGGCGACACCAUUAACAGGUUUUAUGAGGGAACAUCAAUACCUUCAGACUCAACACUUACGAUGUUUGCUCGAAGAUGGCAAAGAAGUGAACCAAUCGGUGCCAAUUGUCCUUGCAAUAAGCACGAUUGAUAAGAACCGUUUGGAAAAUUCUCUUGCUGUGACCUUGAGGCACAAACAGAAAGUUUUGGCCAUUCUACGAAGACCGGAAUUUUAUUUCCAUCGAAAAGAGGAGCGUUGCAGUUGGCAGUUUGGCACUAACAACUUAGGUCAUCCCUAUGUCAGGAUGAUUUAUGAUUCCGGCGACUGGUUGAUGGGUGGCGACCUCGAAGUGUUGGAGAGGAUCAAAUGGCAUGACGGACUCGACAAAUACAGACUCACGCCAAAUGAGAUACGUGCCAGAUGUCGAAAAAUGAAAGCUGACGCAGUAUUUGCUUUCCAGUUAAGAAACCCCAUUCACAAUGGUCAUGCGCUUCUUAUGCAGGAUACAAAAAGACUGUUGUUGGAGGAGCGUGGUUUUAAAAAUCCUGUGCUGCUGCUACAUCCGCUAGGAGGCUGGACGAAAGAAGACGAUGUAUCCUUAUACACCAGGAUCCUGCAGCAUAAAGCAGUUCUAGACGAAGGUGUGCUGGAUGCUAAUUCUACGUUACUAGCCAUCUUUCCCAGCCCGAUGAUGUAUGCUGGACCAAUUGAGGUGCAAUGGCACGCAAAGGCUAGGAUGAAUGCUGGCGCCAAUUUUUACAUCGUAGGUAGGGAUCCUGCGGGUAUACCACACCCAAACAAAGAUGCCACGCCUGACGGCAAUUUGUAUGAUCCCACUCAUGGCGCCAGAGUACUCUCCAUGGCCCGAGGUCUUCAUAACCUCGAGAUCAUUCCAUUUAAAGUGGCUGCUUAUGAUACACGGAAUGGUAAGAUGACGUUCUUCGAACCUGAACGAAAGCAAGAUUUUGAGUUUAUUUCGGGAACAAAGAUGCGAGGAUUAGCAGAGACAGGCCAGAAUCCUCCGGAUGGUUUCAUGGCACCUAAAGCAUGGCAAGUACUUGUACAAUACUAUCAAAAUUUAGACAAAAAUUAAAAUUUGAACUCUAAUGAGUGUUAAAAGUUUGAUCUUCAGACGAUUUUUAAUGAAUUUUGACGAACCUUAAUUUGAAGUUUAGCUACUGACAUAUUUAAGAAAAUAUGAGAGAAAAAAAGAAAGAAGUAUCCUUUCCUCUCUAUCAAAGAUUUGAGAAAUUUGAAAAAUCAUUUCAGAAGUAACUUAAAAAAUAAACUCAGAUUAAAAAAAAAAGAUAGUGCGGUUAAUUCAGAAUAGCUUGUACAAAGAUCGUUUUUUUUUUUGUAAAGAAAAUCACGGUUAUAAAACUAAGUUAUAUUUAGGCAGAUACAAUUCGUUUAUCUGAUUCAUGUUUAUCAGAGCAUUAAUAUAUUAUUUUA